AUGAACGGAGGACAACAGAACCAAAGCGGGUAUUCAUCCGGUUUUUACGGCUCAAGCCCACUCCAGAGACAAACACAAGAUAUGUACAGAGAGCCAUACGGUGGGUCUAACAACAUGUACUCAAUGCAUCAGCCGCAGCACAGCGGGUAUGGAAAUCAGAUUCCAGAUGAUUCACCAAUUAGAAUUCUUCCAACGGUGCCAGACACAUCCAUAGAGCCGUUUUCUAUUCGAACUAAGCUAGAUAAUAGCAUAUCCGUGAGCAGCUGCUGCAUUACUUCUCUCGACGUAUAUAGCCCACACACUCUAGAGGAGCUUCGCUGUGCCGACUAUGCAAAGGGAAGGAAGGGCACAAUUGUGCCCAGGUCUGGAUUUCACAACUCAUACUCUGGAUCCAGCGCGUAUAUGCAGAAGCCAAUGGAUAUGAUGGGGUCGCAAAACAUGUUUGGCCAGAAUAAGCCUGCUGUUUCUGGGGGAUUCAGCUCUUUACCCACGCCAUCCUACUCAAUGCAGCCUCGAAUGGGGAACUCAGGCAUGUUUUCGUCGCCCACCCAGCCAAGCACGCCAGGAAAUAGUCUAUUUGGGCAGAUGCAAAACACAGGGAACACAGCAUUUGGGCAGAGCACAAACUCGCCUUUCAUGGGACAGUCAUCAAACAAUUCAUUCCAGCAGCCACAGAACACAUCCACACUGGGCGGAUUUAGAAGCAUCUCGCAGACUCCAAACUCGAUGCAAAUGCAGCAGACGCAAACACCCUUUUCAUCAGGGCUGGGGGCGCAGCAGCAGACCAUGCCAAGUGCCUUUAAUAACAACAGCAUGCUGGGCGCAAACCAGACCAUGGGGCAGCAGUCCAUGCUUGGGCAGACACAGCACUCAUUUGGCAGUCUUGGGACAAAUGCGCUAGGAAACAGUGCAUCUGCUAACCAAAGCGGAACUGGCAUACUAGGCAACAGAAAUACAUCAACUGGAGAAAACUCCUUCUCAAUGGGAAUGGGCAGCACUCCUGCAGGAUCCAGCCUGUUUGGGCAGAACUCGCAGAUGCAGAGCUCGCUUGGCAAUCGAACAGCAGGGCAGCCAUCUGCCUUUUCAUCCUUUGGCACACCAAGCACAGGCCUGGGUAUGGGAGCAACCCAGACCUCUUCUCUUGGCGGAUUUGGCGGAAGUAGCACCAGCACUGCAGGAGCACCGGGCCAGACUCCAGGCUCAAGCACGCUGGGCACAGGACUAUUUGGAUCGCAGCAAAGCACAGCAGGUGGACUGGGAUCUUUUUCGCAGGGCCAGAAUACAACUACGCAAUCUGGCCUGGAAAACACAGGAACAGGCAUUCUUGGCGGGCUGGGAAGUACCAAGCCUGCAGACCAAUCCACCACAACCCCUUUUUCCUUUGGAUCAUCCUCUGCGCUUGACAGCAAGCCUGCCUUUGGCAGCAGUCUAGGCGGGUCUUUGUCCAAGCCUUUUGAGAGCUCGUCUCUAGACAACAAGCUAACUGGGUUUUCGUCUUCUCUUGGCGGCGGAAGUGCUUUUGGGCUUGGUACAGCUGGAAGAAGCACCCUGCAGCCGCAGAGCACAAGUGCAUUUGGAACAAGCAGCGCGUUUGGAGGGAGCACUCUUGGGGAAAACAAGAUCUCUUCUGGCACAGGGGGCGCCUCUGAAGACCCGUAUCUUAUAAAAUCACUGAGCUUUAAGGAGUGCGAAGAUUACAAAAAGAAGUCUAUCAUGGAGAUACAAAUGCCUCUUUUCAAAAAAGCACCUGCCACUAAGAUUAAGUUCAAGCCAUCCAUAUGCUUCAAGCAGUAUGUGUCUACCACAGCAGAGGGAAAAGAAAAAAGCGCAGAAAAACAGAAGCUUACAAAUGAUACUCUUUCACAGAUAGAGGAAAAUGAAUAUUAUACAAUUCCUUCAAUCAGCCAGAUAAGAAAGAUGCCAAGCAAAAAAGUAAGUGGCUUUGUAAUUGGAAGGAAAGGGCAUGGAAGGCUUGAGUUCCAGGAGGAAGUGGACUUGAGCAAUGUAAAUCUUGACACUGUAGAAAAAACCGUGACACUGGAUAAUGGGUAUGUAUUCCUUGUGGAGAACGAAGACAAUAUACGCCCUGGCGUUGGGUUAAACAAAGCUGCCAGAAUAUAUGUGGAGAACCCCACCAUAUACAGCCAUAGCACAGGGAAGCUUAGGCCCCUUUCAAAAUCAGAUCCUCUUUUUGCAAUUAUGAAGGCUAGGGCAAUGGCCAGUAUUUCUAAGAAUGCAAAUGUGCACGAUGUUGAGAUUGACAUAGAGAAAGGCAUGGCAGUUUUUAUAUGCGAUUCUCUCUGGGCAUAG